GAGGCGGAGUUUAUGACGUAAUCCAACGGCGCGCAAAGUGAUCGCAGCCGGUUUCAAGUACAUUUGCUCGUUUUUCCUCGAUAAAAACGUAGUUUUUGAGGAGUGUUUUAAAGUUUUGUAUCACGCGCUUUCUUCGACUUAACGACGUCAAGUUCACUUUUUUGCCGCUAACGCUGGCGACCGUCAUCUUUAUUUUCGUGAAAGUUAAGCUAAUGUUUUGGUUUGUUUAUUAGUUUAGCUCCUCGUGGCUUCAACUAUAAAGUUAGAACCAAGAAAAGCAGAAUGGCGGGACUGUUAGAGCAUCCUGGAUACGACGAGGAGAGGCUGAAGAGAGCCGCAGAGCAGCUGCCCUGCAGAGAAGUUCAGGCUGGGAUGUUGCUGUCCCUUAUGGGAGAGCCACACCAGUACUGCUACCCCUCAAUCUUCAUCUACGGUCAUCGGGCUUCAGGAAAAAGCCAUGUAAUAAAUGUUCUGAUGAAGGAGCUGGAGCUUCCUCACGCCACGCUCAGCUGUGUCGAAUGCGUUUCUGUCGCGCUGCUGUUUGAGCAAGUCUUGCGGUCCUUCUUCGGGUGCGACGUGGCCUCGCUGCUCCCUCGCAGCCCCUCCCUGACAGACUUUGUGCGCAUUUACCGCCAGCAGUCGCCUGCCCGGCAAACGCGCUACAUUGUCAUGGAAAAAGCGGAACUUCUGAGAGACGCCGAUGCUAACCUCCUCCCGGCUCUCCUCCGCCUGCAGGAGCUGGUUGAGGACAAUGUUACUGUCAUCCUGCUCAGUGAAAUAGUCUGGGACACGUUCAGACCGAACACGGGCUGCUUUGAGCCCCUCCUGCUCCACUUCCCAGACUACAGUAAAGUUGAGCUGCAGCAGAUUUUGUCUCAGGACAGACAUCCUUCCUUUUCCGCUGAGCUUUACUCCUUCUACGUCAGCGUCCUGCUGGGAGUCUUUUACUCGGUCUGCCGAGACCUACGAGAACUGCGACACCUGGCUGCCCUCAACUUUUCAAAGUUCUGCGAGCCAUUGGCCGAAGGGAAAGUGAAGGAAACAGACACACACAAGUUGUGGAAAAACAUCGAGCCUCACCUCAAAAAGGCCAUGCAGACCGUUUACCUACGCGAGGUUUCAAGUCUUCAGUGGGAGCAGAUGCAGCAAAUGGAGGAGGAGACGGGAGCUCUGAAAGGUUUAUCAGCUCACACUCAUGUCGAGCUGCCGUUUUACUCAAAGUUCCUGCUCAUCGCUGCUUAUCUGGCCUCCUACAAUCCUGCCCGCACAGAUAAACGCUUCUUUCUGAAGCACCAUGGAAAAAUAAAAAAGACCAACUUUCUGAAGAAAAAUGAAAAGACCACUAACCACCUUCUGGGGCCGAAGCCCUUCCCUCUGGACCGCCUGCUGGCCAUCUUCUACAGCGUGGUGGACGGCAGAGUCGCUCCGACCGCCAGCAUCUUCUCCCAGAUCUCAUCUCUGGUGACCUUGCAGCUGCUGGCUCAGGUGAGUCACGACGACCAGCUUGAUAGCCCAAAGUACAAAUGUGCCGUUUCUCUGGAAUUCAUUUGCAACAUAUCCAGGACAGUGAACUUUGACAUCAUGAAGUAUCUGUACGACUUCCUGUGAGGCGGCGGCAGCGGUGGCGUGCGAGCCAUUGGUGACAGAAUUACAAAGAGCGCUUUCUUUCUUUACUGCAAGGAUUCAUGUGAGGACAAACAACCAUCACAACAAUGAGGGACAUUACUGUUUGUGCUGCUGCCCCCUUGUGGUUGAUGUGGUUGUUUGCUGUUUAUUCCCAAAAUCAUAAUAAAUAUUUGCAUUUCUGCUAAAUAAUGA